AUGGAAGGUGACAGGUCGUACUGUGGCGGCUUUGGUUGCAUUUUUCAGUCGCUUGUCCGACCACUGCGACUUGAUGACGGCGGUGCAAUGCUCGAUGCGUUUGAGCAGCAGUCCCAUGAUGAGCAGCCGCGAAUGAUUCCGUACUCGGAAGUCCAAAGACACACGUCGCCAGAUGAUUGCUGGACUAUCAUCAAGGGCCAAGUAUAUGAUCUCACAAAGUUCAUCGAGGCACAUCCUGGUGGUGAACACGCUAUCCUCGAGCACGCUGGCAAAGAUGCUACGGAAACGUUCCAGACGUUACAUCCGCCAGAUGCAAUCCUGACGCUCCCUCCCGAGAUGCUCGUGGGGCCCGUCGAUCCCACGACGCUUCCAGAGCCGGAAGAAAAGGGAAUGACCGAAGGCGAGCGCAUGCGCGAGGCCGCCAGAGCCGAGAUGCCCGCGGCGCACAACCUCUUCCUCUUGCAGGACUUUGAGGUCUGGGCCGAGCGCGUCCUAACUGGCACAGCGUGGGCUUAUUACCGCAGUGCAUCUGAUGAGGAGCAAACUUUUCAUGAGAACCGAAAUGCUUUCCAGAGAUACUUCUUUCGUCCACGGAUACUGCGGGAUACAAGCGUCGGAUCAACCGAAUCAUCGUUCCUUGGGUUGUCUACCACAAUGCCAGUCUUUAUAUCCCCUGCAGCAAUGGCCAAGCUGGGACAUCCCUUGGGCGAGGUCAACCUGACAAAGGCUGCAGGCGAGUCGGGGAUUGUUCAGGUCUUAUACCUCAACAAAGAUCGCUCAGCUUCAGAAAAGCUAAUUCAAAAAGUCGAGAAACUCGGCGCCAAGGCAAUCAUGUUUACAGUCGAUGUCUGCUGGCAGUCAAAGCGAACAAUGGACGUCCGGUCGAAGUCGACACCAGGCCCCGCGCCCAGUGCGCCGUCGGCGGGGCCCAAGGGAGUCUCACAGGCAAUCAGUGGCUACCAAGACACUAAUUUGACCUGGAAGGACAUUCCUUUCAUCCGGAGCAACACAAACUUGCCGAUUAUCGUGAAGGGUGUGCAAUCGCUAGAAGAUGUCGAGAUGUGUGUGAGCAAUGGGGUGGAGGGUGUUGUCAUCUCAAACCACGGAGGCCGUCAAGCAGAUUAUGCACCGGCCCCUAUUGACAUAUUGUAUGAGAUUCGAUGCCAUCGACCGGACCUGUUCGCCAAGAUAGACAUCAUGAUUGACGGCGGGAUUCGGUCUGGGGCCGAUGUCGUCAAGGCUCUGGCCCUGGGCGCCAAAGCUGUUGGCAUUGGCAGGCCAGUAUUAUAUGCUAAUGGCACUCACGGCCAAGAAGGUUGCCAGAGGGUUCUCGAUAUUCUCCAAGAAGAAAUCACAAAUACCAUGCGCAAUAUUGGCGUGACAAGGAUCGAGGAGCUCAAACCAGAAAUGGUUGGCCCAGCAGGGCCUUGGGUUGGGUCCAACCGGCCACCAUACGCAUCAUUACCACAGCUGAAGAAUUGA